GUCCGUCUGUCCAACGCAAUUGCUACUGUAUAAUCAUAAUCAUGGACGCCCUCCACAAAUUCGCUGGCGUCAGCGAAGCCCAACGCUCCGACGCCGCCUCUCCGCCUCCUCCAGCAGCAGCAGUACCAGCCUCAGCCUCAGCAUUAUCCAUCCCUCCUCCCGUACCGCCCAAAGACGACGCGCGCAGCAUCAAAAGCUCCAAGAGCAGUCGACGCGCUUCCAUCCCCCUCAACAGGCGGAAAUCCCAAAAGUCCAUCCGAUCUGGCAUAUCAGCCAACUCGUCCAUACGCAGCAAAAACAGACUCCCCACCGACAGUAGAGGAAACAUCCCGCCCACCCCCAAGAUUCCCAAGAGCGAGCGUAAUCAGUAUGGAGAUCUAGCACCUCAAGCUGUCACGGGCGGACCGGGUAGUACCCACAGCUCGCGCCGGCGUGCAGAGGGACAAGCGAGCAGCACAUUCGAAGGAGAAGGCGAAGAUGGAGAAGGUGAAGGCGAAGGCGGAGAAGAUGAAAGCGACUUUGAAUGGGGUCCUCAACAUCCUUGUUUCCCUCACCCUAAUCCUCAUUGCGAGCCCGAUACCCGCGAAGCACAAGAAACGAGAGUCAUACGCGUCAAACGAGAUUACCUCAUCGCGGGAGACUUGUACCCUCAAUACGCAAACCUCUAUCCAGAGAUUCUCGAUCCUUUGGUCACAGACGACGAGUUUCGCAUUGUCAUUGGGCGGCUCAAUGAGAUAAUGGAACAAGCUUUCAGUCCGGAUACGGUUCGCGCAUGGGUCGACGCGAUAUUGGGCAUCGCGACGGGAUAUUUCUGGGAAGAUUUGGGAUUCACGGGUGUGAGGUCUGGGGAGAAGGAAAUGGAAGGGUAUAUUUAUCAAUGGAACCAAGAACGAGAGAAGGAAGGGAGAGAUGUCAGACUCGUACAGCCGCGGACGACGGGAUUCAUGACGUUGGAUUUCGUGGUGCCAGAUCCAGGAAUUGAUAUCGCUGUGGAAGAGAAUACCGACAAUGCUGUUGCUGGUGAUGGUGUUGGUGAUGGUGAAGGAGAAGGAGGAGGAGCAGAUGCGACUCUCAUCGGGACGGACUCCACUCCUACUGCUGCUACUUCUACUGCUACUCCUGCUGCUCCUGCGCUGUCUUCAGAACGGACCUAGUAUGUCUAUCGAAGAGUACGAAAAUCUGGCACAUGGUAUACCAUUCGGUGGUACGUAUACCUAUCGUGAAUGAUGAUGGAAAACUUUUCAAAAGGGAGGGUUGAUGACCGGUUCACCAUAUGGCGGAGCUGUUAUUUCUGCACUGGCGUUUUUUAUUUUCUCUUUUUGCUGUUAUGAAGAGCGAACGAUACCACAAGGGUUGGGAGAGAGACAGAGAGACAGAGAGAUGGGGAGACAUUUCCCCGUCUUCGUACUCCUUUUUUUCGGAUGACAAGAGGACAAAUUACACGAUACGACAGGAUAGGAUAGUGACGUCCAUGCAUGCAUGCAGUAAUUGUACGAUGAUGAAAGAUACAUA